GUCAGUUUGUUUCAUCAUCCAAGUGACUCUCAGAAAAUUGUGUGUUGUAAAACAUGUAAUGAUGCUAGGAAAAGAUGGCUUCCUCCUCAACUAGAUUCUAUUCCAACAGAGAUAUCUCAUGUGCCAAUGUUUCACUGUCAUUGGCUAUCUCCAAUUUAUUUAAGUUGCUCACUUGGACAUUCGGAAAACUCUAAUCCAUUCACAACUUUCCAUCACCUUUCUGGUACAUUUAACCUCUCUUGUAAUAAGCAAGCUCAUGCUCUUUACACUGGGGAUAUGGGUGCAAUGUUUACUGAAAAUAAUGGAUCAAUGUGGUUUCAUCAUACACUUGUAUGUGCAGCUCAGUGGUUGUCAACACAUAACCAUGUUAUAUGCAAUAAAGGAUAUGCUCUAUUUCAAUCACAAGCUCAAUCUCAAUCAAUUUCCACAUUUCCAACUGCUACUCUCAUAACUCCAACAUCAACCAAUAUAAAUAACAAUGUUCAAUCACUUCGACCAUCAGCUGUUGUUGUACCUCCAUUUGAUUUAAAUCCAGAAAUUCACAAUGAACACUUUCAUUAUAACUGUUUGAUAGCUGGCUCUGUCAGAACCACUGAUGGCACUGAAUACUCUAUUUCUUAUGCAGAUCCUGAUCUUGAAGCAUUAAUCUUCCCACAUCUUUUUCCACAUGGAUGUGGACAUUAUAAGUAUUAUAUACAAAAUUUACCUAAGCAACCUUUUCUUGAUACUUAUCACAAAUGGAUUAAAUUGUGUUUACUGUGUCCUGAUCCAAGAUUUCAGGAAGACUGGUACUGGCCAUUUUGGUCUUAUAUUAAUCUUGAAAAACUUAGAAACCAUCAAUAUCAUACUCGUCUGCUUAGACAAAAGGGCACUGAUCAUGAUUUGCAUCCUAGAG